AUGCUAUUGCGAAUAUUAAUAGGUUUUCUUUGGGCCAUUAAACUUUCAGCUGCAUCAGGAGUAGGGGCCCAUUUAACUUUCCUUGCCAGAACACUCGUUCCUGAACAAUUCGUUCCAUUUACUGAAAACAUGAAAGCAGGUUGCUUCUUCCCUGACGCCCUGUACAGUUGCAAUAAUGAUAAAAAAUGGCAUGACUUCGCUGAAGCAUGUCAUUGGCCUGGCUUUUUGAUCCAGGGUAUACGAUUAUGGCAAGAGCGUUACAAGCGCAACAAAUUCUCAGAAAGGUCCCUUAAACUUCAAUCAUUUCUUAUAGGCGUUUACACACACCAAGUGGCAGACGUUUCGUGGCAUUCUUUGGUGAAAGGCUACGAAACUCAUGGUCUGAUAAAAGUUCUAGCUGGCUUAGAAUUUGAUGGCGACUACCAAAAAGCGCAUGAUUACAUUGACACCAUGGGCGACCUUCUGGUGCUCGGGCACGUUUUGAGAGAUUUAUCCGAUGAAUGGGCAUAUUAUACAGAUCAAACUUGGCAAUUGCCGGAAGAAGAAGAUCUAAUGGAGUUAGUGCACCGAAUGGGAUUGAAAAGCAUAAGUUACUGGCAGCUAAAUGGCUGCGUUAAACGGGGCAUGGUUGCGGCUAGCAGUGAAGUCUACUCCUUGAUAAGGCGUCGGCGAGAAAUCUUGGAAGUGGCCUACGCAAUUUCUCCUAGAGCUUGUGAGCUUAUGCAGGACCAUUGGCUUGGAGGUGAAUUUGACAUCGUUGCAAUGAUAAACAAAUGUUUGCCAACAUUUUUAUCUCUUUUUGAUGACCAGAGCAGUAACGAAAAUGAACUGCUAAGCCUUCUACAAAUUUGUGGAAAUUUACCGCCAGCAGAAACUAGGAAGAUUAGCAAGAGUGCUACCAUUGCAAUAAGAAAAUAUUCUGAUCUCUUAUACGUUUCUCCAUUGAUUCCCAUCGCCAACUUCGGCUCGAGUAUCGCAGUAGGUGCCUUCCAGAAUAACGAAACUUGUGUUGCGAUAAGUUCACCGUUGGAAGAAGGUUCAGGUUCGGUUUAUGUAAUUCCUUGGAGUGACUUUUCGGGAUCAGAAGAAAGGACAUAUUUAGAACCAGUUGUCACGUCCAUGUAUGGCAAAGAUGUUCACAAAUAUACUCUAGGAGACAGCGAUUAUCUGGUUGUAUCUGAAUUGGGGUCCAACACAAUUCAUUUUUAUUAUGAUGGUCAUAAGCUUUUCAGUAUCGCUGAUAAAUCUUCGUCAGAGGGCCAUCAAAUGUCCGUCUCCUCUAUCCAAGAUAUUGAUGGAGAUGGAAUUCCGGACAUAAUGUUGUCUGGCUUGCAUUACGGGAAGAAUGAGACAGGGGUAGUGUACAUUAUAAAUGGUAACGAUAUAUCAGCCCUUCUGGGCACGUCGACUUAUGGAGAAAUCGAGCUUUCUUCUUUAAGUACGAUAUUAUUGCGAUGCCCAGUUUCUGUAAAUUACCAGCAGUUUGGUUCUGAGAUUAAGGUUUCUAGUGUUUGGAGUAAAAAAGGUUUCUUAUAUGUUACGAGCCAAGGCUUGGGAGUAGUCUUUGCAUACUGUCUAUGCAGUCUUCAUCAGAACGCAUUACCACGCUACUAUAUUAUCGAAGAUUCUAUUAUGCUGCCAGAAGAAGGUGUCCCAUUUAACAUCUCAAUCAGACCAUCGAUUGAACAUGGCAUGUUUGGUAAUACGAUUCAUUCUUGGAAUUUUGAGAAUGAAAACUACGUUGCAAUUUCGCAACAUCUCAAGAAUUCAGUGUUCGUUUACAAGGAGCAUGCUGGCUUCAUCGAGUUUUAUAUGCGAUUGCAACUUGAUAUCUCUGAGGACUCUCGUACAGUCAUAUCGAGUAUAGGAUUCGGUACAGCUAUGGAUUAUGACCUUGAAUCGAACUCCCUUGUUGUGUCUUCACCUGGGAGCUUUAAUGGUAUUGGAGCGCUUUGGGAAAUACCUAUGAAAGAAAUAAUCAAGGCAAAAGAAGAAUGGAGGUUUUCUCAACUCUUGGUGACCAUUCCCCAACAUUUGUUGGUGACAAAUGGUGAUUUAGAGAGACAUGGAAUUGUUGGUUUUGGUAAAGUUUUAAAACGUGGACCAGAUGGGAGGUUAAUCAUUGGAAUACCACAUUAUGGCUAUGGAAAUGUAGGUCAUGAUCAAUUAAUGGGUAGUGUUGCUAUUUUAUGA